AUGCCCCUAAGAGGCGGAAUCCAGAAGCGGGAAACACCUCGUCGGCGCAAGAUUGCGCUGGCUUGUGAAACUUGUCGAGACAAGAAGGUCCGGUGCGACGGCGAAAAGCCAAUAUGCGGACCGUGCGCUCGCCGCUCGUACACCGUUGAGCAAUGUGUAUACAAAAUUGAUAAUGCGAGGUCAGCCAGCAAUGAUGAAUACUUGAAAAUACUUCAUGAGCGCAUCCGGGAAUUAGAAGAGACAUGCGCAAAGGGUGGUGUGGCUGUGCCCCCUGGACCAUCCCAGCAUGGCGAUUACAGGGCACCAGAAAGUCAAAUGGGUGACGAUAUGGACACCCUUGACACAGAAUCUCGAACUUCUGCUGCAGCACAAGGAUUGCUGGGGCUGGGCUCGACGCCUGUUGUGUCGGGGUCAGGUCCAAGUCCAAUCUCAACGGCCUCUACCUUCCAAGCUCCAAAGUUUCCACCGCAACGAAACAUUUCAGAUGCAGAAGAGAGCUAUAGGACACCACGCGCCUCCCAUCUAUCCCCUGAGUCCUCACGCCCGAGAGCAGGGAGUAUCUACCCAUCACCCUCUAUCAACUCCCACGGCAACGUCACUGCAAUGGGUGCAAUUUCUGUCGCAGAGGAUGAUCCAGGCACCGACUCCCCUCGGGAGCAGCAGUACUACGGCAAUUCCUCGGUAGCCUCCUUCAUGCGUCUGGCCGGUGAAUCGAUGCCCUUGCAGUCGUAUAUGUCGGCACUGCGUGAGAGCAAAAACGAAUCUUCUCGGACGCAGGGUCCUGAGACCGGGCUCUGGCGAGAUUUGGGACACCCAUCGGUCGAUCUUCGAUUCGACGAUUUUUCUCUACCUCCUCGAUCCCUGGCAGACCACCUCUUAGAAUGCUAUUGGGAAAGAGUUCAUUGUCUGUUCCCCUUCUUCCAUCGACCAAGCUUCGAGCAGGCUUAUGAAAAUCUCUGGGGGUCGAACAAGUCGCCGAAGCCCGAAUUGCCGCAACUCAAUAUUGGCCUUGGGGGAGCGUAUGACUGUGGUCCAAAUUCCAUGGUAUUUCAUUGUGCAUUGAACUGCAUUUUUGCACUUGGGUGUCAUUUCUCCGAUAUUCCGCCUGCUGAACGUGAGGCAGCGGUCUAUUCCUUUUUCCUGCGGGCAAAGCGCUUCGUGAAUCUUGAUCUUCUUGACAUAGGCACUAUUGGCGUUGUUCAAACGCUUCUUAUAGUCUCGCUGCUCCUGCAAAGCACGCCCUAUCCAAACCGAUGCUGGAAUGCGAUUGGACUUGCAUGUCGAGCCGGUCAGGGACUUGGGUUGCACGAAACGACUACCCACUCGUCCUGCAAACCACUAGAAAUUGAAAUCCGUCGACGAACAUGGCAUAGCUGCGUCAUAAUGGAUAUGAUUGUGAGUAUGACCCACGGACGACCGAGUGUGACUUCUCAUAUCUCACCUGUGCCUUUGCCGGAGAUGGGAACUGGCUCUCAAGCAAGUGACCCUUGUGAGCUCAGUGGGCAGUCGUGUGAUCAUAAAAUGGGGUAUUUGACGUUCUAUGUCUCGACCAUUGAGCUAUACAAGAUUCUUGAGUCUAUUCUAUCUGAAGUCUACAAUGCCUGGCAAACCCGAUCAAACAGCAAUCGCACAUCUUCACCUCGUGGCUCAAAGCUUUGCAGUCUGGAUGUUCUGAUGGAACUCGAUGAUAAGCUCUCAGCGUAUGAGGCCAAUGUACCCCCGCUAUUGAACUGGACAAAGGAGCCGUUGCAACGCUCUGGCAGUGGCGACAUGUCUGUCUUCAAACGCCAACAAAAUGUGCUACGAGCUAGGGCAAUACACCUACGACUCCUGUUGUAUCGCCCUAUGUUCACUCAACUUUGCUCUGAUGAACGAGCAAGCUCCUCAAGGCGCUCUGACGUAGACUCUGGUGAUAAAAGCAACCCAGUUCCCGCGGAAAAGAACUUGAUAUACUCUUCCGUUUAUUCAAAAUGUGCCGCAUCUUGUGUCAUGGCUGCCAUUGACUUGGUAUCGCUCGUUCAUCAAACAUACAGAACAAGCGUGACUGAUGCAUGGUGGUAUAAUGGCUUCUAUACUUCUACUGCAGGUUUCAUCCUGAUCAUGUCAUACUCCUGUCACUCGAUUCGCGAACAAGUUAAUUCGCAAUUUGUGGAUGAGAGCUGGCGCAAAUGUGAGGAGAUUCUAGCUUUCAUGGCCAUGUUCAGUCUUUCUGCCCGCAACUCGCUACAAUUCUUACAAGUCACACACCAACACAUUGUGCAGAACUAUUCCGCUCCUUCCCGACCCGGAGAUGGUCCGCUAUUGUCAACAACGCAAUCGCAGCCAAAGACCAAUCAGUUCCAAAGUCGGCCUGAGUCCUCUUCACAGCAUGUGGACCCAGUAUGUGACGAUCAUGGUCUUCGCCAGGAGCUGAAUAGCAUGGAUGGGAACCCUUUUACAACAUGGGACGAAAUGGGGCUUGGUCAAGAGGAAUUCGGAUUCCUUGGUAGAUUUGACUUGCCCGAUCUCGCAAGUUGGUUCACCGAUAUACCACCUUGA